AUGUUCUGCUGCUGCGAGAGCAACCCCGAGGUGACGGUCGAGGUUCAUUCCUCCCCGGUGCUGGAUGAGGUGGGGUCGGCAAUGGCAGAACCACCAGCUCGCGGGGCGUUUACCGUCAAGCUGGAGCUGGAUGACCUCAAGCCCCGUCUGCUGGGGGUUGCCUUGGACAGCACUGAGGAGAAAGGCCUCUUGAUCGUGAGCAUCCUUGAUGGCAUCAUCAGCAAGUACAACGAGCGGUUCCCGCGCCAAGCCAUCCGGAAGUACGAUAAGAUCACGGCCGUGAAUGGUCGGGCGGGAGCCACCCGAGAGCUGCGGAGGCUCAUGAUCACCACCAUCGCGGAUGAGACCUCUGAGCUGCUGCAGCUGACGCUCCGGCGCCCGGAGGAGAUGGAGGUAAAACUGCAGCGCCCGGGGCCACUGGGGCUGCAGGUGAAUUACACGGACUUGCUGGGAGGCGUGCUCAUCAGCAAGAUCGCGCCUGGGGGCCUAAUGGACCGCUGGAAUAGCGAGCACGAGGGUCAGGUCUGCAAGGGCGACCGCAUCAUCGCGCUGAAUGGUGGCGAUUUGAAGGGGGAGGAGCUCAUUAACAAGCUGAAGAGCCUUGGCCACACUAGAGUGCGGAAGAUCUUCUUCUCACUAUUCUGCACUACUGAGCUGCCAAUGUCUUCAGUGACCGGCUCUUCGGCGGUGUCCUACGACUCUCAGGCCACCGAUGAUGAGCGCCGCAAGGAGAAGAAGGAACGCAAAAGCCGCAAGCACCGGCAUGAGGCUCGAGAUGCGCGGCCAGCCAAGAAAGACGAUGGUGCCUCGCCAAAGCCCUACAACUGGGCCGAGGAGGUGGUGAAGGCAUCUCUGGAUCCACAGAACCAGUGGGAGUUUCCUAGCCAGAAGGCUGGCUACGUGGGGCAGCUGGCAGCUUGGGAGCAGCCCCGGGCGCGCGGCUCGGAGGUGGCCUCGCGUGCCCGCGAGCGCGCUGAGGAGGUGCAGCGCUGGGAGAGGGAGCGGCACCAUGACGCGCAGUCGCAGCAAUACAUCUUCGGCACGCCCCGAGGAUACUGA